AUGAUUCGACCCUGUUCCAUUGGAUCCACUCCGUUCCAAUUUCAUCCGAUACGAUCCGGUCCGUUUUUCUCUGAUCCUAUCUGCUCUGAUCCGAUCCGGCCCAAUCCGUGCCGGGCCGAGUCCGUGUUGCAUCGACACUCGUGUUGCACUCGCACACACACACUCUUUCCCACUCACGCCACUCACCAAACCGAUGCUCGCCAGUCCGAGCCUGGCAACCGGCGAGUUCUACCAUCGCAGCGCCAACUGCCACCGCCCUUAGACCCUCUGAAGCCGGUCUUUUCUGGCCGCCCGGUCAGCCGAGCCAGGCGUGAGGACAAGCCUGCUGUACCAGUUUGUAGACACGUUGACAACUCAACAAUUCAGGCCAGUUGUCGGUCACGUUCUGCAUCGAGGCCAGCCGAAGCCGGUGCCUCGGGGUGGCACAACCGAGGCGACGUUUGUGUGUCACCAGGUCACUAG